CUUACACCUGCACUGUUCUUCUUGGUGCCAAAGAACUGAUCUGUUGUCACUCCUCAAAUAAUGACUGGGAACCAUCGAGCUGCCCCGGCCUCACCAGGCACCCCAGCUCUCCCAACCCACUCGUCAAAUGCAACAGCUUCUCCAGGCCAAAAGCAAUCUGGAGGCCACAGUCACAACAAGUUCAAGAAUGAAGAGCACAGCAUCCCCAUGCCAUCAUGGUCUGUUGCUGCCCUCUGCAUCGUGAGUGUGUGUGUGGUGCUGUCGUGUGCUGUGUGUGUGUGGAAGAAGUGCUUGAAAAAGAAGGACAAGGACAAAGAAAAGGAGAAGAAAAAGGAAAAAGAGAAGAGCAACAGAGGUCUUGACACUGAAAUGGAUGGAGGUUACAGCGAGCCGCUCAAAGAUGAAAGUAACAAAAAAACAGAGUCGUCAAAUAAUGAGCACAAGGGCGAGGAGAAGCUGGGAAAACUACAUUUUACAUUAGACUACAACUUCACAGAUAAUACGCUGAUAGUCGGCAUCUUGCAGGCUGCUGAACUUCCUGUGAUGGAUGUGGGCGGUAGUUCUGACCCCUAUGUUAAACUCUAUCUGCUCCCGGACAAAAAGAAAAAGUUUGAAACCAAAAUUCACAGGAAGACUCUUGAACCUACCUUCAAUGAGACUUUCACAUUUAAGGUACCAUACACUGAGCUGGGCGGGAAGACCCUGGUGAUGACCGUGUAUGACUUUGACCGUUUCUCAAAACACGAUGCCAUUGGAGCUGUGAAGAUACCGAUGAGCAGUGUGGACUUCAGCCAGUCUCUGCAGGAGUGGAGGGAUCUGCAGAAGGCAGAGAAGGAGGAGAGUGAGCGGCUUGGAGACAUAUGUUUGUCCUUGAGGUAUGUGCCUUCUGCCGGGAAGCUGACGGUGGUCAUUUUGGAGGCCAAAAACCUGAAGAAAAUGGAUGUGGGGGGAUUAUCAGACCCUUAUGCGAAGAUCCACUUAAUGCAGAAUGAGAAAAGACUCAAGAAAAAGAAAACAACGACAAAGAAGCACACGUUAAACCCUUACUACAACGAGUCGUUCAGCUUUGAAGUGGCAUGUGAACAGAUCGAGAAGGUGCAGAUAGCGGUGACUGUGUUGGACUAUGAUAAGAUUGGGAAAAAUGAUGCCAUUGGGAAAGUGCUGCUGGGCAAUAACAGCACUGGAACUGAGCAAUGCCACUGGGAAGACAUGCUGGCAAACCCUCGGAGGCCAAUAGCCCAAUGGCAUAGCCUCAAACUGGAGGAUGAAAUCAACGCCCUAAUUUCUAACAAGAAAUGAAACAGUGACCCCUGGUUUGUUGGGAUAUGACAUUGCAGCAUUUACCUCAACUACUUCCAAAUGAUGUUCCUAGCACUCCCUUUAUUCCCACAACGACCCAUUUAAGCUUCUGAACUUCAUAAAUCUAACCAAUAAUUCCCUGUUUUACCCUUGACACUAUGCAAGUCACUCUUAUGGACUUGAACCCUUCUUCUUUCAGUAACUUCCUCCUCCUGCUUAUAUCUUAACUGCAACAAAGAGUGUGAAACAAAGAUGUAUCACUAUGUGCAUUGCUCUUAAACCAGAUGAGAUUUUUUGGAAUGUGUGUGUCUUUCUUCUGUUCUGUACUGAUAUCAGCUACACCUGAUAUAUAACGUAAUUAUAUAACUGUUGCCUUUUGCUAUAAUAAUGUUAUCAAUUUAACAGAAAUGUAUGUACUCUAAAUUUCCAUUUAAUCCCAUAGCAACAUCUUACAAUAUACAUUAUAUUUAUAAAAGCUAAUAGUUAGGGUUGGAGUACAGCCUUAAAUGAGAGUGGUAUAACAAGAGUCUUGGCAUCAUGACUUAUAGACAUGUUUCUCUGCAGCAUCACAACCAAAGUGGCCCAACAGACGAAGCAUCACCCAUCCGUUACAAUGCAUUGGUAAACGGUAGGUGUGGUCAUACUUUAUAACACAAAGAAAAAGGAUGCCGAGCCUUGCAGUUUGAAGUGUAGAUGGAAACAUAACAUAAGUGAAGGAACCCCCAUUGGUUUCAGAGUGUGUUCUUCCUCAGUUUCUGUGUCCAGCCCUGUAUAGGCUUUGUUUUGUUUUGUUUUGUUUGUUCUGUAUUGUAUUGUGUUGAAAUGUAUAUUUUGUGUAAGCACUGAGAGACACUUUACCGAGUCAAAUUCCUUGUUUGUGCAAACUUACUUGGCCAA